AUGUCCCUACCAACGCAGCAAGACUGGAACGACGAGCACGACGGUACACUACCCAUGAUACUUCGCAUGCUCGCCUUCGUUGCCGCUACUUCAGGACAGAGGCUCAACAACUGGGGCUUCAUUCUAUUUGUCUGCUACUACCGCCUUCAAACCUGCUUCUCUCACAGCCGCACCGAGAUCGAGCGAUACGCCAAUAUCGAGAACCUGACCCUGGCUCCCUUCCAAGCCAUCUUCGACCUCCUCGACCAAGCCUUCUAUCAGCCCGGCAACAACAAGCGCUGCAUCCUCGUCUGGAGUAGGACUCUGAUGCCCGAGAGCUUCGGAGUGACAACGACGUAUCCCAAUGGCAUGAUCAUCAUUCGAAUCGACGUCCGACAGCCUUCCGCUUGGGCAAUUAUGCUCACUGUCCUCCAAGAGGUCGUCCAUGCUCUACUCUCGAAACAUUGCUGUAUGGGAUUAUGUGGCCAAGCACGCUGCAUGCGUGUUUGGACGGCGAUGUGUGGAGAGACUGGGAAUAAGUACUAUUGGCAGAUGAUGGCAUAUGCUGUGGAACUCAUGGCCGAACUACAAAUGCGUUGCCCGGUGGACCUGCAACGUUUUGAAGAGGCGAUAUUCGAGAUGAAUGGCAGCGGUUUAGUGCCUUCUGAUCAGUAUCUGACCACCGUACUACGUCCGAGGCAAGCUGCGAUAGUGCAGUUUUACAUCAACCACUACAUGCGGAAGACUCGUCUGUUGCCAUGGACGGACAGGGCGAGUUCGGAGGAGGAUGAUUGGGCUUUGUUCAUGAGCCUGGAGUACGCAGGGCUUCUUCUGACAUCAUGGUAA